CUCUCUCUGUCUGUUCUGCAAAAUCUUCAAAGCUUCAAUGCCCACUGCCAUUUUUCUUUCUGCUUCCCACACGCCCCAUUUCUUUAAUUGCUCAAAUCCAAGUUUAUCAUCAACUGUUACUAACAUUACCAUCUCCACCUCUUCCAACACCCAGUGCCGAAAUCCUCCCAGAAACUUCAAUUCCAAUUAUCCUUCCAAAUCUCUCAGGGUUCUUCCAUGUGAAGCAAAAACCCCUUUAACGAGCAACAGCAGCAUCAACAACAACAGUAGUGACAUUCAAUCCCCAAAUCCCAAAUUUUCAAUUCUAUCAGAGACUUUGUCCCGUGCCAAUGGCCCCGUUAAGAUGCCCGCUGCCCCUUGGAUGAAAGGCCCUCUGCUCCUUCCCCCCAGUGAAGUCCUAGACUUCUCCAAAAGCAAGGAGAAGAGUAGCUCCAAAGGCGGAGUUGAUGAAAAGAGCGAUUCGUGUUUGACUGAGAAGGUUAAAGGAGGAAGAGGGAGGCAAGCAAUGCGUGAUAUAGUUCGAAGCAUUACCAAUCUUAAAGCUAUCAGCGAUUCAGAGGUACCACAUAAUCGACCAGAUGAUAGAGAAUUUGAAUUUCGGGUUCCGCUCGAACGGGUUGGCGGAGAUGGGAAUUUUAAAUUGGAUGGGAAAAUGCCAUGGGCCAGGGGUGAGAGGAUUGUCAUUCCGAGACCGAAGAAGGACAAGGUGGUAACUGCGGCUAAGUCGACUCUUCCUCCUGUGCUUCUCAAAAGGUUGAGAAUUGAUGCUGCGACAACGACGAAAUGGGUGAAGGUUAAGAAAGCAGGGGUGACUCAAGCUGUGGUGGAUGAAAUUAAGAUGAUUUGGAGGAAUAAUGAACUUGCCAUGCUCAAGUUCGAUAUUCCCUUAUGCCUUAAUAUGGAUAGGGCCCGGGAGAUUGUCGAGACUAAGACCAGGGGUUUGGUUGUUUGGUGUAAGAAAGAUAUCCUUGUUGUUUAUAGAGGAUGCAAUCAUCCAUCAUCGUCGACAGCUUUUCAAAUGGUAUAUUCAAGUUUUCUGAGCAGUGAAGAAAUAUCCACCUUGAAAAUCACUCCUGGGAAGUCAAAAGAUCAGAUGACUACAUUUCAAGUGAGAUCUGUUGAGAUUGCAAAAAUUGAAAGUAUGACAGUGAAGGGCAGAGUACUUGAUUCUCUUCCUUAUUCUGUGGAAGGAAAUGAGGCUAUGCAAUCAAUAAGUGGGACUCUAUAUGAAAGGGAAGCUGACAGACUUCUGGAUGGUUUAGGGCCUCGUUUUAUUGAUUGGUGGAGACCAAAACCAUUGCCUAUUGAUGCAGAUUUGCUUCCAGAAGUGGUUGAUAACUUUAAGCCUCCGUUUAGGCUGUCUCCUCCUAAUGAGAAGCCAAAGCUCACUGAUGAUGAACUGACAUACUUGAGGAAGCUUGCUCGACCUUUACCUACACAUUUUGCUCUUGGAAGAAAUAAAAAUCUUCAAGGCUUGGCUGCUGCCAUCUUAAAGUUGUGGGAAAAGAGUCUUAUUGCGAAGAUCGCAGUGAAAUGGGGAGUUCCAAAUGCGAACAAUGAAGAAAUGGCAUGGGAGCUUAAGCGUCUUACAGGAGGAGUUCUGAUCUUAAGGAAUAAAUUCUUUAUCAUAAUUUAUAGAGGCAAGGACUUCCUUUCUUGCAAAGUAGCAAAUUUGAUUUCAUGCAGAGAAGCAGAACUCAGAAGAUUCCAGCUGCAGGAAGAAGAUGCACGUCAGAAAGCAUUUGAAUCUUUUUAUGUUACCAAUGAUGCACUAUCAAAUGGUAGCACAGUAGGAACAUUUUCAGAAUUUCAAUAUAUUCAAAAAAAAUGUGUGCACCUGGACAAUGGGAGUGGGGUUCUUGAAGUCCAAAUUGAAGCUGAAAAAGAGAAAUUAAAAAAGGAGCUUAGAAAGCAAGAACGCAGGCUUUAUAUACUUAAAUCAAAGAUAGAGACAUCAGAGAAGCACUUAACUAAGCUAAAUUUAGCAUGGAAACCUUCUGAACUGGUUGUGGACAGGGAAAUGGUAACUGAAGAAGAGAGACAAUGCUUCCGGAAGAUAGGCCUGAAAAUGAAUAGAUACUUGGUACUUGGGAGACGUGGGGUCUUUGAUGGUGUAAUAGGGGGCCUGCAUCAGCAUUGGAAGCACAGAGAAAUUGUCAAAGUAGUUACAUUGCAAAGACAGCUUUCUCAGGUUAUGGAUACUGCAAGACUACUUGAGAUUGAGAGUGAUGGGAUAUUGGUUUCAGUUGAGAAGUUGAGAAAGGGUUUUGCUAUAAUUCUUUAUCGUGGGAAAAACUAUAGGCGCCCACUGAAGUUAAAGCCAGAAAAUCUCCUGACAAAAAGAGCAGCAUUAGAUCGAUCACUGGAAAUGCAGAGAAUAGGUUCACUGAAGUUUUUUGCAUAUCAGAGACAGAGGAUGAUAUCAGAUUUGAAACUUAAACUGAGGGAUUUACAAAAAAGAGGGGAGGAAAUAGCUCGAAGAAAAUCUAGAAAUCAUGAUUUCUAGAGAAACAGUAUAUGUUAUCACUCCAUCAGUCCUCUUCAUGUUAAUUCCUUCAUCUGAUGAAAGGAAUAUGGAUGGAUGACGAGAAGAAUUUGCAAGGCAAUCAUAUUUGUUUCAAUAGAUAUGCUUUGCAAUCAGUUGAACAGUCUUUAAGUAAAUCGACAAAUAGGAGGACGACGAGCAACGGCCCAAAAUUUGCAUUCUGUUGGGAAACUGCAGGUAUAUAUAUUUCUUUACUGUGAGGUCCAUGAAGUAGAUAUGGGGUUUGUGUUAAGAUAUCC